UCGCAUUCUGGGGUUUAUGUUUAAACUUUUUGCUACUGAGCAUGUUUCUGUAGAUUUUUGCAUAAUAUAUGAAGAUCGGUAUUGCGCGCAACACUUAUUGCCUUCCAAACUGGCUGACCUGCGGGAUAAAAUACUGCCGACAAUAUAUGCCGCCUUUGCCCCCGACCUUCCUCAAACAUAAGAGACAUUCAAGUCGAAAAUUGCUAGAUGGAGAGUUAGAGGCUUCAAGACUCCAAGACACCCUACAGCAGACGUGCAAGGACUUAUGUUGUGGAAUAGGUUACACAAAUUUUAAAAAGACGUGUAGCUUUACCCACGCGGAUAUUCAAGCAUCUCGGACAAAGCCUGCAUUGAAUCAAACAUAUAUGUUUGGUGAUAUUUUCGUCAAGGGCAUAUCAUUACUAGAAAACUACACAAAUUCAGACCCAAGCAAUAUUCAAGUUCCAGAGGACGAAGAGUGCAGGGCAGCAUUGGAGAAACUACUACAUUUCUUGCAGAACCUUGAGAAUGAAAGCAAAGUUCUUCAAGCUACAUCCAAAUGGACUUGGACAUUGAUGCUGGCGGAACAUUUCUUCUCCAAGUUGAUUGUUUCACCAAACUAUGUGUAUGACAUGAGUACUCAAUAUGGUACCAGAAAAGGGUGUCCAUGUGAUGAUCAUGAAGAUAUGAUCGGGAAACCAGGUGACACUAGCUUUGGCUGGGAAGAGGGCUGGCAUGGUAGCACUGACAUUCUGAUGGGAGAUCUGCCAGUUAUCAAUGUAGAAGGGAUGGUGCAGGAUCGUGUAACAUCUUCAAGUUCACUAAGGUCUUCUUCACCAUGUGUUAUAGAUUGUGAAUCAUUUAUUGAGGUGAAAAAUGAGCGGUGCAUUUCAAAGACCGAGCUUCGCCAAGUUUUUGCUGAGACAAUAUCCUUUUCCUUUCUAAAAAAUAAGGAAAACAAAGGGGUCACUCUCAUCCCCUCAGUGGCAGUUGACAAAAAUUGUGUUUCAGUACAUAUGUACGAUUCAGAAUUGGAUGUUUUUCUCCAAGGAGGUCCCAUUCCAAUCUUUUCUGAGAACACUAAACAGAUAAACAUAUCGACAGUUAUUGCAGUUUGGAUAACACUGAACUACAAACUCUUCAGUAUUGGUGUCAUUGAUGGAAUGAAUAAAGCUGGUUUGCAUGGGCAGAUUGACAUUGAUAAAUACAAAACAGAGGUUAAAGCUCCAUGUAGAAACACCUAUGAGGAACCAGAUGAUUGGUUGAUGAGGAAUGACUGGUUGUUAUAAACAAAUUAACCAUGGCCCAUGAUUUCUGUUUUAGAAACCUUUAAAUGCAAGUCACCACAACAGAAUAACGCCAAACAAAUUAAUUUGCGCCCGGAAUUGUAAAAAAAGAAACCAGUAUCGGAAAAAUAUCAAAAUUAUGAAGGCUCAAGGACCUAUCAAUUGUUCUAAAUAAGACUUGUACACAACCGUAGUACCAGUAGAAGUCCAGAAUGAUACAUUGUAUAUGCUAUGCAAGGUGAUGGUGUUGUUUUAAUAACGCUUCUGGUCCGGAUACAUUAUAUGAAAGUAUGCAUACGGAAAUAGAGCAUUACUGGACCAGAGGCUACAUGUAUGUAUAUAGAUGUCUUGAUAAUCCAGUAUGAAUGAUCACUGUUAAAAGAUUGUUCUGCCGAAGUAGUCAAGAGAGAAAACCAAUAUCGGUAUAAACUGUAUAGAGACAUUUUGAGUUAACAAUUCUACCGAUUUAAACCGUUACAUCCAUAGUGCUAUUAGAAGUCCAUGAUAAUAUUAAAUGCUAUGCUUGGUGAUGGUGUUGUAAUAUAACGCUUCUGGUCCAGGUUCAUUGAUAGGAAAAACAGUUUUUGAUCCUAGCUCUAAUUCAUUCAUUCACUUGAAGAUAUUUAAAUUUUGAAAUACAUUUUGUUACGACCCAUUGAUAAAAAAGAGAAUGCACUGGACCAGGAGCUACAUACCUGGGUAUAGAAAGUAUACUAUGUAUUUUUAUCCUGCACAUACAUAUUAAAAUAGGGAAAAAUCGGACGCGGGCUGAUUUAAAAAAAAACAAAAAAAAAACUAUAUAUUAUUAUUUUUUUAUUUAUUUGUUUAAAAAAAAUAAACCAUAGUAACCCUCUCUGUAUAUGUACAUGAACACUUAAAAAACAUGUAGGGAAAACAAGUAAUGUCAACGCACUCUCUGGUCUUGAAGAAGUUUCAAUAAUUAAAUAGUGAGGCAAUAGUCGGGCAUCGACAACAAAGUGGUCAGUUCAUAUAUAUAUAUUAGAAAUAUAAAUACAUAUAGUGGGCAAAAAGUCCUGUUCUCACAACACUUUCUUGUCAAUGAACUGAUCACGAGUCUUGCCCAUUCUCGAAAAAUACCGUUCUUACAUAUAAAUGUUUUUUAAAAUACAACUCAAUAUCAAAUUACAACUGUAGUUAAGACUAGAGAAAUGAAACCAUAUCCAAUAUUCAGAGCUGUGGGGCCACUCUAGAUGUCAUUCAUCGCAGGUUUCGCAGCAUUUUGGAUACAAAAUUACUCCUUUGGCGAAUAUCCCAUCAACCGAUGGGGGUAAAACUCCCCCUUUGGAUUCAAAAUUCUGUUUAAGUCACACUUGGGGAUGUGACGGGGUCAAGCCAUAAUGCAGCCAUUAUAGGACGCGGGCAGACCUUUAUAAACUCGACAACAACAACAACCCAUUUCUGUUGAGAUUCCUGUUUUGGUAGGCGUGGUUUUGUAUUUCUGGUCUGUUUCACUUGAGUAAAAUGUUUGUCAAAUUUGCAUUCUUUAACCCAUAAUGAUACUUUUCCCUGAUUUUUUAUGCCCGUACUAAUGGGGAUAUGGACUUCUCACUCAUUUUUCUGCAAUUGGUUAUUUGAGAUUUAAAAAUGAGUAAGUGCGAAAUUUUACGAAAUGCAGUGUUCAAAUUUAGACUUGCUUGCAAAAUGCGAAUGGAAUUUGAAUAUUGCGAGUUCCUUUUGUCUAAACUUGAAAUGUUCUGCGAAUAGAAUUUUCUGGACUAUUGUCAGUUAAAAAAAAGCUAUGCCUUACACAGGAAAAAGUAGGACUGUUCCGCUAAAUUUGACAAGUAAAUCAAUGAAUCAUGUGUACUUUCAUAAAGGAACAAAUACAGAAAUUGUUGAACAUUUGAGAUAAAAUAUAUCAUUCACUUUUUGACAAAGCUUCGGGAUAUCGGAGGUGUUUCAAUUGUUAUUUUAUGUUAGUGAAGCAUGCAUGACGGUGUAUACACAACAGGUACUGAUUUCCCCUGGUCAAUCUGGAGGUUAAAUUCAGGAAUAUUUUCAAAAAUAUAUGUAUAUGCUUGAACACAAAGAUAAUGAAUGAUCCAGAUUAUCCUUUUUUGUAUGAUAAUGUUGCUGUUGUUUCUUAUCAGUAUUUCUUAAUAGACGUUUCCUUAAAAUGUAGUAUUUUAGAUGUACCCUAAUGCUAGAUAUAUAGUAAAAA